AUGAAAUUUGACAGCAUACUUUCAGAAAUUAAUGGAUUUGGAAAAUUCCAAAUAAAGCUAGUUUUGAUUCAGUUAUUCUCUCGAAUUACUUUGCCAUGCCACUUUCUGCUGAAUAAUUUCAUGGCAGCUGUUCCCUCUCAUCAUUGCAACAUCUCUGCUCUGGAUGAUGGAGGCCUGUUUGGGAAUCUAACUCUGGAGCAGAAACUGACCGUCGGUAUUCCAGUAGAAAACGAUGGGACGCCGCAGUCCUGUGUGAUGUAUUCAAAGCCGCAAUAUCAACAUCUGUCAGGCUGCAACAACAGUGAGGAUAUGCAUACUGUCCAGUGUCAGAACGGAUUGGUGUAUGACAACAGCAUAUUUAAAACUACUUUAGCAACAGAGUGGGAUCUAGUUUGUAGCAGAAAGGGGAUGAACAAGGCAACAGCCACUAUUUUCUUCAUCGGUGUCAUGGUUGGAGCCCCAGUGUUUGGGUUUCUCAGUGACAGGUUUGGGCGACGGCCGCUGCUGUUAGUAUCCUAUUUAUCAUCCAUGAUAUUCGCUAUCCUUAGUGCAUUCUCCACAUCAUAUGUGAUGUUUGUCAUCAUGAGAUUUUUCACAGGGAUGUCACUUGCUGGAAUAAGUAUCAUUUCUAUUGUUUUGAAUGUUGAGUGGUUUGAUGUUAAACACAGGACCUUUUCUGGGAUAAUCAUAAGCCUGGAUUGGACACUUGGAAACUGGAUUCUGACUGGAAUAGCAUACUGUGUGAAUGAGUGGAGGAUGCUCAUACUGGCAGUCACCUCACCCCUGAUAGUGUCCAUCAUUGCCUGGAGGUGGCUUCCAGAAUCUGCAAGGUGGCUUUUGGCCAACGGGAAGGCAGAAGCUGCUCAUGAAUACAUAAUGCAAUGUGCUGAAAUGAACAACAGAUCCAAGAGUAUGGCCUCGGUCACACCAAGGGCAUUACUGGAAUCUGCACAAACUGAAACUGUAGAUAAGAAUUACACUUUUGUAGAUCUUUUCAAGACCCGAAACAUAAGGAAGAUCUCUAUUUAUUCAGGGAUUGUGUGGUAUGGAGUGGCAUUUACAUAUUAUGGAAUAAGUCUGAAUAUCACUGGGUUUGGACUGAACCCAUACCUCACACAAUUUAUAUUUGCAUCCAUUGAAAUGCCAAUGAAGAUUGGUCUGUAUUUCUUCCUGGAAAUUCUUGGCAGAAAGCCUGGGCAGGUGUCAGCCCUGCUGCUGACUGGUCUCUGUCUCUUUAUCAACAUGUUUGUCCCUAAAGGUCAAUGGGUUGUUCGUACUGUUGUGGGAGUUAUUGGAAAAGCCAUGUCAGAAGCCACAUUUACCAUUGUCUUCCUCUACACAACUGAACUCUUUCCUACAGUUGUAAGACAGAAUGCUUUAGGCUACACAUCAUUCUUGGCACGGCUGGGUGUCUCCAUUUCCCCGCUCAUCAUGCUUUUAGAGGAUGUGUGGUAUCUCUUUCCUGCAGCCAUUUACAGUACAGUCGCAGUGGGCUCUGGUCUAGUGGCUUCACUCCUUCCUGAAACAUUAAAUGCCCAGCUUCCACAAUAUAUCGAGGAUAUAGACAAACCAAGGGUGCAAUCAACAGAGAAGAAAGAGGUUAAUUAAAAUCACAUUUUGCGGCCAUGACAGCAAUGUGGUGUUUCAUUUUUAC